UACGACAGAACUGGGAGGAGUCGAGGUGACGCUGACACUCAAGGAAGGUCAACCGAACCUACUGUAUUACAGAGCGCCUGCAUAACAACACUCUGUACCCGACAUAUUUUUCUCCGAGUGUCUUGACUUUGAAGACAUUAUAAUGUCGAAACCGCGCCUUGAAACCAGGAUGUCUUCUGUAGCCCUGGAAAAACUGAGGAUGACGGGUGCUGGCCGAGCCAUUGCUGUACUGACAAGUGGCGGAGAUGCCCAAGGAAUGAAUGCUGCCGUUCGUGCUGUAACCAGAAUGGGAAUAUAUGUUGGUGCCAAGGUCUAUCUUGUUCAUGAGGGCUAUCAGGGCCUGGUAGAUGGAGGAGAAAACAUCAAACUGGCUCACUGGCACAGCGUCACCAACAUCAUCCAACUGGGAGGUACAGUGAUCGGUAGCGCUCGCUGCAAGGCCUUCACCACACGCGACGGCCGGCUGGCGUCAGCCUUCAACCUGGUGAAGCGCGGCAUCACCAACCUGUGUGUGUGCGGGGGGGAUGGCAGCCUCACCGGGGCUAACAUCUUCCGCAGCGAGUGGACCGGACUGCUGGCUGAGCUGGUGGAGAAAGGCAGGAUCUCGGACGACACAGCCAAGCAGUACAGCCACCUGAACAUCGUGGGCCUGGUGGGAUCCAUCGACAACGACUUCUGUGGGACAGACAUGACCAUCGGCGCUGACUCCGCCCUGCAUCGCAUCAUGGAAAUUGUGGACGCCAUCACCACCACGGCACAGAGCCACCAGCGGGCGUUUGUGCUGGAGGUCAUGGGAAGGCAUUGUGGGUACCUGGCUCUGGUGUCUGCGUUGGCCUCAGGUGCGGACUGGCUCUUCAUCCCUGAAGCCCCACCAGAGGAGGGAUGGGAGGAUCGCAUGUGUGCCCGUCUGGAGCAGAGCCGCAGUAAAGGCUCCAGACUCAACGUCGUCAUCAUCGCUGAGGGAGCCAUCCAAAGGAAUGGAGAGGCCAUCUCCUCCGACUACGUCAAAGAUCUGAUCGUCCAGAGGCUGGGCUAUGACACCAGAGUGACCGUGCUGGGGCACGUGCAGAGAGGGGGCACCCCAUCCGCCUUUGACAGAAUUCUAAGCAGUAGGCUGGGGGUGGAGGCAGUGGUGGCCCUGAUGGAGGCCACGCCCGACACCCCUGCCUGUGUCAUCGGCCUGUCGGGUAACAUGGCAACCAGGCUCCCCCUGAUGGAGUGUGUGGCGAUGACUAAGGAGGUCCAGAAAGCCAUGAGUGAGAAGCGCUUUGAUGAAACCAUUCAGCUUAGAGGCAGGAGCUUCGAGAACAACUGGAACAUAUUCAAGCUACUAUCUCACCAGAAACCAGCCACAGAAAAGAGUAAGUACUCCAUGGCGGUCCUGAAUGUCGGCGCUCCGGCCGCCGGCAUGAAUGCGGCGGUGCGCUCGGCCGUGAGAGUCGCUUUGGCCCAGGGACACCGAGUCUACACCGUCAGCGAUGGCUUCUACGGGCUCGCCAACGGACAGGUGUCUGAGGUGGAGUGGCAUAGCGUGGCAGGCUGGACUGGCCUGGGAGGCUCAAAACUGGGAACCAAACGGACUCUGCCAAGCACUUGCAUGGAGAAACUGGUGGAGAGCAUCAACAAGUUCAACAUCCAGUCAUUGCUGGUUGUUGGAGGUUUUGAGGCAUAUGAGGGGGUCCUGGAGCUGGUUGAUGCGCGCGGUCGCUAUGACGAGCUCUGCAUCCCUAUGUGCAUCAUUCCUGCCACCAUCAGCAACAACGUCCCAGGAACCGACUUCAGCAUCGGCGCCGACACAGCCGUCAACGCAGCCAUGUCUAGCUGUGAUAAGAUCAAGCAGUCCGCAUCCGGCACCAAAAGGAGGGUGUUCGUCGUGGAAACCAUGGGGGGUUACUGUGGUUACUUAGCAACCACCACAGGCAUUGCUGUGGGUGCUGAUGCUGCCUACAUCUUUGAGGAUUCGUUCAGCAUCAAUGAUCUGAAGAUGAACGUGGAGCAUCUCACGGAGAAAAUGAAGAAAGACAUCCAGAGAGGCCUUGUGCUGAGGAAUGAGAAGUGCCAUGAGCACUACACCACCGACUUCAUCCACAGGCUCUACUCCUCCGAGGGACGCGGCAUCUUUGACUGCAGAGUGAACGUCCUGGGGCAUCUGCAGCAGGGAGGGUCACCCUCACCCUUCGACAGGAACUUUGGCACCAAGCUGGGUGUGAGGGCGGUCCAAUGGCUCACUGAGAAGAUGGGUGUAACCUUCAGACAAGGGAGGGUGUUUGCUAACGCCCCAGAAACAGCAUGUGUCUUAGGACUGAACAAGAAGGUGCUGGCCUUCAGUCCCGUGACCGAGCUCAAGGAGCAGACCGACUUUGAACACAGAAUGCCCAAAGUCCAGUGGUGGUUGAACUUCAGGCUGAUGAUGAAGAUGUUGGCCAAGUACCAGACCUCCUUUGACGAAUACGUCCCCGGGGAGAUCGAGCACGUGAACCGGAACUCCCUGAGCAUAGAUACUGGGUUCUGAGAAAAAAUGACAACCAACAUGGAAAAACAAGACCAGCAUCCACUAGCCAACACGUUGCGUCACAUCUCACUCUCAAUCCAUCCAGUCAUCUCACUACACCUCUCACCUGUGUAUGUGCCUGAACCUGACAGAGAUCACUCUCAGGGCCAAAUCUGAGCAACAAUCAGGGCCGUGCUGUUUAAAGUACUUCAGUACAUCUCAAGUAUAAACUCAAAGUUUUAUCACAGAUAAAUCAGGCCCUUUCAUUUUUUUUUGUCAUCUGCUUGAUUUAGCUUUGUAUGACGAUGUGAUUAGAAUCUUGAAUGUGAAUUUUAAAACGAAUGAAAUUGAGGAUUUAUGCAAUACAGUGUUAAAAAUAUAAACAAGGAGGGUUGACUUAUAGGUGGCUGAUAUGGUUAGGCAUGCAUGUUGUGAUCAUGAGCCGCCAUUAACCACACAGUCUUUGCUGAUAUUAUUGUGUGUCUACUGUAUAUGUAAUCUAUGCGCCAUUGCUUCAGCCAGAUCAUUACAUCAAAAAAUUACUACACCCAGCGACCUCUGACAAAGAUAUGACCUCAACUUUAAAUGCACUCGCUCCAGCUUCCAACCCCACUCAUAACAACAUGGACCUGAUCAAUGGAGUUAAAACCUGAUCAUUUGCAUUUCACCAGACUUGUAUAAUAGAAAACUUGAGUCUUGGACUGUGCUGGUGUGAAAAGACACCUGCUGGUGAAAUGCUGUAUGAGGUAGAAAGUCAGAAGGCAAUUGUUCACAUGGUUUAACAUCUACCAGCAAUCAACCACAGUUAUAAAUACCAAAAAACUAAUAUUUUAUUACGGUGCUUUAUAAAUGCUUUGGACAGACAUGUCUCACACGUCUGUGGCCAAAGUGUGAUGCAGCUAGGCUUGUGCAUCAUCGCGCUCAUCUAAAUUCGUCCAUGCACUACUAACCUGUAAGCUUUUAUUGCAAAAUGCAACAUUUGUGGCUGAUACUGUGUCUCCCACUGUGAUGUUGUCUAAUAUCACACAUCUAGUGUGCUUUGCAGUGAUUGUGUCACCCGUGGCAUUUUUAAUUUGUGGAACUUUAUUGUUUAUUGAUGUUUGUUGUACAUUAAGCACUUUGCACAUAGAAUUGUCAAUCAAUCCUUGACCCCUAAAAAAAUAUAUAUAAAUCUAUAAAACAGUGAGGGUAUAAGUGCAAUAGAUUUUUUUCUUUUUAAAGAAAAGGUAGUUGUCUGUGACCGCUGUUGUAACAAAUUAGCUGUUAGUAAUGCUGUUGUAACACUCCAAUAGGUAUGUGUAUGAUUCCAUUGUAGAACUCCGAUGUGAAUAUAGUGUUCUAAUGUUAUGGUUGAACUUCAUUUAUGAUUAAAUCAUAACAUAGUCAAUAACA